AUGGCACUCCGGCUGUCCCUGGUCCUUCUCGUCCUGGUUCUGGCUUUGGUGGCCGAGUGUUCAUCCGCCGAUUCCUACUGGGAUCUCAACCAUUCCAGUGGCAGUGCGCGUGGGGAUGGUCUAUUCGCCGCCCCGAGGACUACAUGCAAUGGCCGGGUUGGCGACUGCAUUGACGAGUCGGAGGAGAUGAUGGAUCCCUCCGGCCACAAACGUGGACGACAACUCUUCAAAACCAACAAGUUCAUUAGCUACGAGGCUUUGAAGAAGAACAAGGUCCCAUGCCCACGUCCCGGAGAUUCCUACUACAACUGUAGGAAAAGCAAGACAGUUAAUCCUUACAGGCGUGGUUGCAGCGUCAUCACAUACUGCCAGAGGAUCAUUAUAUAA